UCUUAUUCAAACGUUAUUUUUGAUACCCUUCUGAGCCUUUGUUUCUCCAUCCCCCUUUGCACACUCACUCGCCUGACCCCUAUCCCUCCGGCGGCGCUUCCGUCAAGUACGUACUUCUCUUGUCGAACCAAAUCCUGGGAAAGCGAUAGACCCGCCGGGAAGGAGGUCGACACCCACGAACACCCCUCAGCAACCCUCUCUCUCCCGGCGCGACAUAGCAGCGAAAUCCUUACAAUUUCAUUGUGGAUUGUCGUUGUUUGCGACGGUCUUGAAGUGGGAGUAGCAAGCGCAAUUUGCAGUAACAUGGAGAGGCCGCAGAAAUCUAGACCUCCCGAAAUUAUUAAGCUGAAUGAUGCAGCGAAAUUGGCAGCACAGUUGAUGAGCAAGAUGACUAAUUCCGAGUGGAAAGAAACUGGAGUUGAUAAUGAAUCAACUGCAAUUGAACCCGAGAUGCGACCUCCUAGACUUGGACUUGGAGCCAAAGUAACACGCCAUUUCAGAAAUGGACCGUCUAAUGACCCACUUGAUAGAAAACUAUAUGCCAAAUUAGAUGCUGGGAAAAAACAAGCUGCUAGAAAGAUGUCGGAGGAGACUCCCGUACUUGACAAUAAGGAUGACGACAGCGAUGAUGAAGAAGAAGAGAGUAGAACUGCCAUCUUCAAUAAGAAGCGAGCAGCAAAGCCAGUAACCAUGCCUCCUUUCCAGGGGAAGAAGAAGCGAAGGUAACUUUUGCAGAUAGGAAUAUUGAUUAUCUAACAGGUCGUCUCUGAAGGUAUUUAAUUAGUCCCUAACAAAGUACCAAAGAAGCGAUGAUAUCUCGUCAAUAUCUUUUUGUAGAAUACAACCUUGAAAUCUUUGUUGAGAUUGACUUUUCCUAGUUAUAGAGGUCGAAUUGUUUUAAUAUCAAAUUAUAAUGUUCCAACUUGAAAGUUAUGUAAAAUUGCUAUCCUACAUUUUUGGUUUAAAAGGUAAUUUAUCCAUAUGGUUGUUAAGCCCUCAUUCUUCAAUA